AUGGCCUUCCUCUCUCCGCCAGACUCCCCGUUCGCUCCGCCGUCAUUCCUCUUCACCCUCAUCUACCACCCCGUCACCUCGCUAUUCACCUUUAUCCAUUACCUCUCGCUCACCCUACGCGGCGCACCCUACAAACCACCCAAGAACAAAAUCCCCAUCCGCGUUGUCUGCCUGUCCGACAGCCACAGCAAGAUCCCUUCCACACCGAUCCCGCGCGGCGAUCUACUCAUCCACGCGGGCGACCUGACCAACAACGGCAGCUUAGCGUCCAUCCAGCAGAGCAUUGACUGGCUCAAGACGCUGCAAAAGCCCUGGCCAGGCUCCGCCGACGGCUUCCGACACAUCGUGGUCGUCGCUGGCAACCAUGACAGCUACUUCGACGAGCGCAGCCGUACUCCCCACGACCUACGCUAUCCGAAGCGCAAGCUUGACUGGGGCCGCAUCCACUACCUCCAACACUCAUCCAUCUCUCUGCCCUUCCCCGACGACCGAGUUCUCAAAGUCUACGGCGCACCACAGAUCCCCAAGGUCGGUGGCAAGGAACACGCAUUCCAGUACCCGCGCGGGCAAGAUGCCUGGUCUAACACCAUCCCGGACGACGUCGAUGUUCUCGUCACCCACAACCCACCCAAAUGGCACCUUGAUCUCGCACAGAACGGCGGCAUGGGUGACGAGCACGAGCUGAAAGAGGUCUGGCGCGUGAAACCAACCGUACACGCCUUUGGCCACGUCCAUUCCGGCCACGGCUCGGAAUCCGUCUGGUGGGACGACGGCCAGCGCCUGUUCGAGGACUUUCUCGCAAAGGCAUACAGCAAGCCCGCCGCGACCGUCGAGAGCCACAGGCUCCCCCUGAGCGAACUCUUUGACAUACCCCUCUGGCUACUCGGCUUUAGAUCCCUGACCGCAGACGCGAGAGGCCUCCUGUGGACCUACCUCUGGGGCGGCGCCAGGCAAGGCGGAUACAUGGUCAACGGUGCCUUGACAUACCAGACCACAGAAUACCUACGGAACAAGCCCCGUGUCGUGGUUCUGUAG